AUGGCCCAGCAGUUCCCAACCGUUAUUAACACGACCCUUACCCUGGUCGAGCAAUUCCAAGGCACUCUCUCCCCCUCCAUAGCCAUCCAGGCCAUUCAAACCCAGACUCCCACCAAAGAUGCAACCGCAACCGCAACCGCCAACGCCCUCCCCCUCCUCUCAACCUCCGCCGUCGGCCUCAGGGCCCAGGUAACCAAGCUCUCGUUGCUGGCGAUCACCGCGCCAUUCACACACUCUGCUGUCAACACUGUGCUGCGCGCAUGCAAUGAGUCCGUCCUCCCGUCGCUGGUUACAGCUGCGCUACUCGUGACGCCGAGCGAAUACACAAAGGCAUUUCACUCGGAGGUGCUUGUUCUCGUGAAGACUGCCUUGAUCGAGUUUACUACGCUUGUGAAAGACGUAAAGGGUAUUGCGGAGGCGAAGGACCAGGCGAAGAAGGAUGACCCGAAAAAGAAGGAGGGGGAUAUUUCGAAGGCUGAGAAGGAUGCUGUCACGCUUGCUGUUGGCCGUGUAUGGGAUGCGUGUGAUGCUGUCUCCGAAGUCGCGACGAAGGGCAUCGUGGGCUUUGUUGUGCGCCGUGUUGAGCAGUGGCGCGAUCUUGUCCGGGAUGCGGUGGAGGAACUCGAGGAUUGGGACCCAGAGGAGGACGAUGAGUUCUUUGAUGACCUCAUGGGUGGUGAAGAGGGUGCUGGGGAGGAUGGCGGUUCCGAUGACGAUGAAGAGGAGGAUACUGCUGCUCUGCACGAGCAGAAGAAGACGACGCUUCGUUUUCUCAAGCCCAUUGCCCAGGUUUAUCCUGCCAUUCUCAACAGCCGGCUUAAGAACGCCGGGGAUAAGCCCUUGUCUUCGACGGGUGGUAUUGCGAAGCUUGAGUCUUUGAUGCUCAACCUGCAAAGCAUACCCGACCACGUCGAUGAAGCCGCUGGGGCCUUGUACGAGAACAACUGGAACAAGUCUGCAGAGUACUUGAAGAGGACGCAGAGGAAUGCUGCGCAGGCUGUGAACUCAGUCGCUUCUCCGUGGGACGCUACUGAGAGCGCGGACGGGGAGCAAAAAGCGGACGACAAGUUCACUGCGUGGUCUAAGACGUGGAUGAAGGUUAUGGAUGAAGUCAGCAAGUCGAUCGAUGCUGCAAGCGAAUAG